AAACAAAACCCAUGUAAAAUAAAAGAGAAUCUGAGCUAUCAGAAGGCCACUUAUCUCUCAACCCUUGUCAUCCCCUCCAACAGCGUUGCUUUCCAGCUCCUCCAUUCAUUAAGUUAAAAAACCAACAAGAAAAAUCCCUUUUCCCCAAAAACCAGAUCAUCCAAAGUAAUUAACCUUGCAAUCUCCAAACUCUCUCUCUCUCUCUCUCUCUCUCUCUCUCUCUCUCUCACACACACACACACAGAAGCAGAGAGAGAUGUCUAACCAAGAUGACAUGGCUGGCAUGCCUGGCAUGUCUAUGACUCCCCCUGCGCCCAAGGGCGACCUGAAGAACACAACUGAUGGUGCCAUGAGCUCCAGCCUCACAUGGACCACAGACGUCACCGUCCUCUUCCGUGGUUGGCCUGAUGACAGCGUUCCCAUGUACGUCUUGGCCCUCUUCUUCGUCUUCCUCCUCGCUGUUGCCGUUGAAGUCUUGUCUGUUUCGCCCAAACACAAACCAGGCACCAAGACUUUCAUAUGCACCCUCACUCAGACAGGCGUCUACACUUUUCGCACAGCUUUGGCUUACUUGGUCAUGCUUGCUGUCAUGUCGUUCAAUACUGGCAUCCUGAUAGCCGCCGUGGCCGGCCAUGCCCUCGGCUUCUUCAUCAUCAAGGUUCGUUCUCAUGGCCUCCAACCCAACGUAGCCGACCCCAAAGUUUGAUUUGUCGAUCUUCAUCUUCCCGAUCGGUGCUUGAGUUUAUAGUUUGUUUUCGUAACCUUUUUGUGUUGGUUUUCUGUGUGCUUGUCGUUUUGUGUUGUGUCUUAUCAGGAGUAUUGCUAUUUGUAUCAUCUCAACUAAUCAUCUAGCGUACUAUCUCUCUAAUAGAGUAUAAAUCCGCAUAACAGGUGAUCCCAUUUUUAUUAGAGAGAUGGUAGAUUAAAUGGUUAGUUGAGAUAAUAGAAAUAGGUAUUAUUUUUUCCUUUAAGUUUUAUGUGUGGUGGUUGUUCUGUGUUAUAGCUAGUUUGGUUGUGGUUUGAAAUUUGACUUGCUAUUGUGUAAUAUUCUGCAUGUUUCUGUUCAAUGUCUUAAUGCAGCUCUAAUAUGAUAAUUACCAUCCA